UCUUCUUCUUCUUCUUCUUCUCCUUCUUAUUUUUCUUCUUCAUCUAAUAACAAUAACAACAGUAAUCACAAGAAUGACAGAACAAUUACAACUCUCCCUCCUCCUCUUAUUCCUCCUCCUCCUCCCUCCUCCUCCUCCUCCUCUUCCUCCUCCACUAUGGUGUGCUGUGUGGUGCUGUGGUAG